AUGGCUCGCCCGCCCUCCAUGUUCCACGCCUUCCUCCGGCCCUCGAUCCUCCAGAUCCUCCGCGCGACGGGCUACCACAGCACGCGCCCGGCGGUGCUCGACACGCUGACGGACAUUGCGGCGCGGUACCUGACGCUGCUGUGCGAGAAGACGGCGGGCAACGCGGCCAACAACCACGGCGACGCGGGCGACUACGACGUGGUGGACGUGCGGAUGGCGCUGCAGGAGGUCGGCGCCCUGCUGCCGGACCAGGCGUGGCGGCGCGAGGAGGACAUGCGGGGCGUCGAGGAGUUUAUCGGCUGGUUCACGGGCCCGCGCAUGAAGGAGAUGAUGGAGAUGGGGAGCGGCGAUACGGAGAGCGAUGCUACGGAUUAUUUGGCGGCCCUCAAAAAGAAGCACAGCAAGACUGGUGACGAUGCAAAGUGGCAAGGCACCAUCUUUGGCAAAUCGACCGACAGCAACGAAAUCCUCGUCGAAGGCGGGCCCAUAACGAGCAUCAGCGAAUGGAUAUCCCAACGAGCGCCGGAACCAGCACAUCCGCCGCGAGAAACGACAGAGCAGCAUGAAGAGCAGGAAGAGCAGCAGCAGCAGGAGGAGGCAGAGAAGGACGGAGAUGGCAAGCCUGAAGCCACAGGGCCAGGGAGGUCCCCUAGCUCGGGCCUCAGCUCGGUGGGAGACAGGCUGGGUGGCGAUGAUGCCGCCGCCGAGGACAUGGAUCUCUCCUAG